AUGGACAAUCAAAGCCAAGUGACUGAAUUCAUCUUCUUGGGACUUUCACAGAAUCCAGAUAUUCAGAAAAUGAUAUUUGUAAUAUUUCUGUUUUUUUAUGUCACAUCUCUGGGGGCAAAUUUAUUUAUUGUUGUGACCAUUGUCUAUAGCCCCUCUCUUAUGAGUGCGCCCAUGUACUUCUUCCUAGCUUUCCUUUCCUUCUUGGAUGCCUGCUUCUCAUCUGCCAUUGUUCCAAAAGUAAUAGUUGAUUCCCUCUAUGAGAGAAAAACCAUUUCAUUCAGAGGGUGUAUGACACAGCUUUUUGCAGAGCAUUUUCUUGCAGGUGCUGAGGUGAUCAUUCUCUCAGCCAUGGCCUAUGACCGCUAUAUAGCCAUCUGCAAGCCUUUGCACUAUGUGACCAUCAUGAGCCGACGUCUGUGUUUACUCCUGGUAGGAGUGGCCUGGGUAGGGGGCUUUCUCCAUUCCAUUAUCCAAAUGAUCUUCAUUAUCCCGUUAUCCUUUUGUGGCCCUAAUGUGAUUGAUCACUUUAUGUGUGACUUGUAUCCUUUGUUGAAAUUGUCCUGCACUGACACACGUAGCUUUGGUUUUAUGGUUGUGGCCAACAGUGGCUUGAUAUGUAUAUUAAUUUUUGCUCUUUUGCUCAUUUCUUAUGGAGUCAUCCUGUACUCUCUGAGGAAAUACAAUAUGGAAGCACGACGAAAAGCCCUCUCCACUUGUAGCUCCCAUGUCACAGUUAUUGUUAUGUUCUUCGUCCCAUGCAUAAUUGUAUAUGUACGGACUCCUUCUACUUUUUCUUUUGACAAAACUGUAGCUGUAUUUUAUACCAUAAUGACUCCCACAUUAAACCCUUUGAUCUACACUUUUAGAAAUGCCGAAGUGAAGAAUGCAAUGAAGAGGUUUUGGAACAGAACAACAAUCUCUAUUGAAAAAUAA